AUGGGGUAUGUUGACUCAUCGUGGCCAUCAGUUGCUGCAUUUGGUUCAUUUUUAGAUGACACGAUGGGGAUGGAGGAGCGAGAGAGGAUACCUGUGGUGGAGGGGAUGCCUGCGCAGGAUAUACCUGAGGACGUGGAGGGGGUACCCGAGGAGGAGAGGGUACCGGAGAUGGAGGUGGAGAUGGUAUCGGAGGUGGGGGUGCCCGUGCAGGGGAUACCCGAGGUCGUCGAGGGGGCAUCGGAGGUGGAGGUGGAGGUGGAGGUCGUACCCGUGCAGGGGAUACCCGGGGAUGCCAAGGGGGUACCUGAGGAGGAUAGGGUACUGGAGCUGGAGGUGGUCCCGACAGCGGGCGAGGGGAUCGUCCCGAUGGCUGGGGAGAUGGAGAUUCCCGAGGCACAUGAGGAGCGGGUGGUCGGCAAGAGGCCAAGGGUGCCAUCACAGUACGUUCUUUCUCCCUUUACCGCGGAGGCGAAGAGGAGAAGGUUCGUCGACGAGACGCACCCGAAUUUAUUCAGGGAGGUUGACCACGCCAAGUGGAAAGCCUUUGAGACAGAGUGGAGAGCACUGCAGCCUGGGGCCAGCCGCACGAUUGCUGAGAAGACGAUCUCAAAUGCUUACAAGUGGUUCCACGACAUCACCACUUCGGGGGCUUGGCUCGCCGACGAUCACAUCGACUUGAGCAUGGAUUUGCUAUGGGAUCGUGCUGAAAGACAUCCAAAAUCGUUCAACAUUCCUGGCAGACUCAUAUUGAACACCGAGUUCAUCCGUGCCGUUGACAUUGAGUACCAGUCGUUCCAGGCUAUGGGUAGCGAGUACACGGAGCCGGAAUAUAUGAUGGAAUGGGUCGUAGGGAUGUGGCCGAGUGUCGGUGGGAAGCCAUGGGAUGGCUGUAUGCAUAUGUACGUACCAGUAUGUCUGAAUCAUCACUACAUUGCAGUGGAAAUCGUAUUCGCCGACUCCACGAUUUAUGUGUACGACCCCGAUCAUUCAUGCCUGACACAAGGCCAGCUCGAGCAAAAUCUAGAGUCGCUGUCUACAAGACCAGCUCGAGUAAAAUCUAGAGUCGGUGUCUGUGAUCGUUCUCAUGAUGGCUAG